GCUGCGUGUGCGCGGUCGCAGCCACCAGGUAAUUGGGUACCGGGCAUGCUUGUCAUUAUGGACUCCCGGUGUGCUGGCACUUGAACGAUUCGUAUAGUUUACGGUAUUCUGGUUAAAAUGCCCAGGCAUUCUGGGUUAACGCUUGGUGUGGCAUCAUUGGUGGGAACAACUGUAGGAUGUCUUGUUCUUUGGAAGUUUAUAAAUCACCGGAGGAGGCAGCUCCGUGCAGCGAAUGACCGAAUUAACACAAGUGCCGGAGCGGUUACUUGCACUAACUGCGUGAAGAACCAUAUCGAGCAGGUAGCGUACUCGGGCGUUUCUUCAGCAGAGCAGAUUCUGGAAGCGGAAAUUAAAGUGGUCUCGCAAACAGAUGAAUGGGAGCAAGUAUGGCCUCUGAUGAUGAAAGAGAUUGCCGAAUACCCGGUGCUUGGUAUGGAUUGUGAAUGGGUAUCUGUGGAAGGAAAGGCAAACCCGGUUUCUUUGCUUCAGAUGGCUUCGCACAGUGGCUUCUCCAUCUUGGUUCGCUUGCCCCAGUUGACCCGUUCCGGAAAUCCCAUCCCAAACACACUCUGCGAUCUCUUGGCAGACAGCCGUAUCCUCAAAGUUGGGGUUGGAUGCUACGAAGACUCGGUGAAGCUUCUGGGUGACUACGGUCUUUCUGUGCAAGGGAUUGUGGAUGUCCGUUAUCUUGCACUGAGACAUAGAAGAGACAUUUUUCAAAACAGUUUAAGCCUUAAAUCUCUCUCUGAGACCGUCUUAUCCUUCCCCCUGGAUAAAUCCUUUCAGUUGCGCUGCAGCAACUGGGACGCAGAAGAGUUUAGUGAGGAUCAGGUUUUGUACGCCGCAAGGGAUGCCCAAGUCUCUGUGGCCCUUUUUCUUCAGCUGCUGGGGUUCUUCUCGGCAAACUCCCCUUGCCCCUGGGAAUCGUUGCUGGGGAAGUGCCAGGGCUUGAUAGAUAUCCCUUUUAGAGCAAAGUCUAGCAGUAUCGAAAACGGCGGCGCAAACGGAGGACCGAGGCAGAAAAAGGAGGGCGACGACGAGAAACCGACCCAAAGUUCUCCUGGGAAAGACCCACGUAAGAAUAAGAAGAAGCCACUUGGAGUUGGAUACUCUGCAAGAAAGUCCCCACUUUAUGAUAACUGUUUCCUGCAUGCCCCUGAUGGACAACCCCUGUGUACUUGUGAUCGUAAGAAGGCUCAGUGGUACCUGGAUAAAGGCAUUGGAGACCUGAUUAGCGAUGACCCAUUUAUUGUGCGGUUACGAUUUGAACCAUCUGGUCGUCCGGAGUCCAACGUGGAUUAUUAUCUGACUGUGAAAGAGAACCUUUGUGUAGUGUGCGGCAAAAGAGAGUCUUAUAUAAGGAAAAACAUUGUCCCCCACGAGUACCGGCGGCACUUCCCUAUUCAAAUGAAGGAUCACAACUCUCACGAUGUGCUGCUGCUGUGCACGUCAUGCCAUGCGGUGUCCAACUACCACGAUACCUCCCUGAAACAGAGGUUGUCUGAGGAGUUCAGCGCCCCCAUAGGCUGCGAGGAAGGCGUGCGCAUGUUAGAGGAUCCGGUGCGCAGGCAAGUGCGCUCGGCGGCCAGGGCUCUACUAAACGCAUCCAAGCUCCCCGAGCAUCGCAGAGAUGAGCUCCUGGCAGAAAUCAAAGACUUUUAUGGGGUGGACGCCGUCGCAGAAGAACAACUGCAAGAGACGGCAAACCUUGAAACCAGGAUCUUCAACGAAACCUAUGUGCCCCACGGGCUGAAAGUGGUGCAGAGCUUUGCUAAGGGCGGACUCAAAUCUCUAAUGCAGCUGGAGAAACGGUGGCGCCAGCACUUCUUGGACACCAUGCAGCCCAAGCAUCUCCCUCCGCACUGGUCUGUGGAUCACAACCACAGCAAGCUGCUUAGGAAAUACGGUGAAAACUUGGUUAUCCCUGUGGGCUAGCCCCGCAUCGAAAGACGCGUUCUUGCCGUAAACUUAAUUGAACCUGGAUUCAUCCAUGUUUUCUUAUACGCCGCAUUGUAAGGACAUCUGGUUGAAAAUGAUAGACUCAUCUAAUGACUUAUCAUUGAUCAGCCACGGAUUCCUUAAAAUGUGACUCGUUUUUGUGGACGUUGGUUACCAUGGUUUCCUUCUUCCUUUGUUUAAAAAUUCAAAACAAAAAAAAAAAUAUGUAUUUAUCCUUGAGUUUUACCAGAACAGUUUUAGAAGCUCCUUAGCCCUCGUGGGAUAAAGGAUGAUUUCAAUUUUAACUCUGAUUGAGAUACAUUUUCUGCUAAAACUGUUUUGGCAUACGGUGAAAAUGUACUGUGCAUUUGAGAGCGACUCUUUUUUUACGUUAAUAUUAUGGAGGACCAGCUGACCUUCUCUGUGCUGCAUUCUUUGAAUCCUUUUAGUAAUCUAGCAGACGGAUCUUUUCUAUAUUCUUAUGAAACGCGUGUCCUCCGUGAGUGGAGGCUGAGACCUAAAUAGUUUUUGUUUUUUGGGAUGCAGCAGUCUGUGCGUGAGAAAUCUGUGAUUCCCCGUUGACCGAUUUUUCUCACUUUCUUAAGACUUACUUAUUUAUUUUUUAAUUCUCCCGUUAAGUUAUUUAUAAUUUUUGUGCGGAGAAAAUGACAAAUUUUUUUGACUGUGCCUCUAAUCUUCACAAAUGCAUUAAAGAAAAAAAAAUAUCCUUA